AUGAACUCGGCAGCCAUUUCUUUCGAAUCGAAAAUUGCCCUGGCCUUGGGUGGUUCGAGUUGGCAGCAACUGCAGGGUGACAGUGCUGUAGAGCCCACCAUUGCGGCCGAAGAUGGCGUUGACUCCGAUUCGGACGGUGGGGAUGCCAUUCUGGAAAUUCCUGAAGAAGAAGUGAUCGAUCCAGUCGUACUUGAGAAACGCAGGAGAAAAAUGGCGCGCUUCACCAGCACUAUUGCAAGAGAUGCAGGACAUGUUGUAGAGACAAUCGAAAAGACCGCACUCAUCCCGGUACCAGAGCCAGUAACAUGGGACGAGGAACCGGAGCUGUUGUGUUGUUACAACUGGCAGGCUGCGGAAGACGGUACCAAUACGAUAUUUGUUCCCGGCGAGCCAGCAAAAUGGCAACCGCCAAGCCUGCCGCACACUGUCGAAAGGGAUAGGGGCUGGGAUUCCAACGAUUACAACUACGCUCGCCAACCGAAAAAUCCGUACCUGCCGAUGUUCAAUGCCCUCCGGGUUAUGUCACCAAACACCACGUUCCACAACGUCGACGUUCUCGCAGAUCGCAACAAUCUCCGUGUGUUGUUGGAAUUUGCUCAGGGCAAGAACAACGCACCUCUCCGCCUCAAUCUGUAUCUAGUCUUCAACACACUCGUCAUCGUGCGCAGGGAGUCACGGUGGUGGAAACGCUCAGACGGGAAGAGUUACGGGUUCAACUUCGAGCGAGCCUUCACCAAGAAAACUGAAGACAUGGAGGAUGCGACGAGUCACUAUCGGGCUAUACGAUAUGCAAUGGGCCCUCUCAACGUCGUUUGUCGCUUCGAAGCAGAUGCAUACGACGACGGCAUCAUUCCCGACGAUCUCACACAGACCGAAGCAGCAGCGGUGAGCGGAAGCUCACACAUGAACCCUCCAAGGUUCAAUUACAACGCGCCAAUUCGGGUCCUGCAAAAAGGCCAUAUCGUACCAACAGCCCAGAUACUAGAGCUCAAAACCCAGGCUUAUAGCCCAUUGGCAUCAGGGUUGGUCGCAUGUCAAGAUCAGCUCUGGUUCGGUCGUACAUCGUUGCUUUACACCGCUCCCUACGAGAAAGGUACCGGUGUUGUAUCGAGGAUCAAGGAGGAAGUCGCAACUGUAAGGGUGAAGACAUGGGAGCAGAACCAGCAGGAACCGUUGAGGAAACUCGCUGCUCUGCUUAUACGCCUGAGAGAUGUGCUGAAGCGAGAGAAUCGGCCGAAUCGAGCUUUGAUCCUUGUGAGGGAAGAGAAAGGUGGGCCAAUCGUAUUGCGUACGAUGGAAGAACGAAGUUGGGCUGUGGACAGAGAGACACGUGAAACAUUCUGGCCGCUCCCUACUCAUGGCAAUCGAGGAAGGGGUGGUGGUAGGGGUAGGGGUGCUUACAACAGCGGACCUCGUGGCCGUGGGAAUUUCGCACCAGUUCAAGGCCGAGGAGACUUUGCCGCUCCGCGCGGACGUGGCUACUUCACACCCGGUCAGGGUCGAGAGCCUGACUUUGCACCUUCGCGAGGACGUGGCCAUUUCGUACCUGGUCAGGGUCGAGGAGACUUUGCACCUUCGCGCGGGCGUGGGCAAUUCACAUCUGGUCAGAGUCGAGGAGGUGACUCUGCGAACUCACGUGGUCGCGGGUAUUACGCUCCACCUCAAGGUCGUGGCCAGCAUCACUAUCAGCGAGGUAGCGGGCAGUAG